GUUAAAGGUGUAUUGAAUGACCAUGUAUCGCGGUGUAUUGGGCGCAGUUGUCGCACUGCUGGUGUGCGUGUCGCACAGUGCAAUUAUUCCACAACAGCAUACCGGCAUUCAAAGCUACAGCGUAACUGGGAGGUUGUUUUGUGGUACUCAGCCAGCUCCAGGCGUGCGAGUUAAAUUGGUCGAUGAUGAUUUCGGAUCGGAUCCAGACGACGAAUUGGAUGCAGGUUAUACCGACGAAAACGGUUAUUUCCAAUUGUCCGGCGAUACACAUGAAAUGACAACUAUUGAUCCCCAUCUAAAGAUCUACCACGAUUGCAACGAUGGCGUUACUCCAUGCCAACGACGCUGGAAGUUCGAAUUGCCGAACCACUACAUUACGAAUCGUAAAGUACCGCAGAAGGUCCUCGAUAUUGGUACGUGGAACCUGGAAGCCAUAAUGCCUGAUGAAAGCCAUGACUGCAUCCACUAAUAAUGCAGCGAGCAAGCCAACAGAAUUGUUUCUGAAACUGCGAUCCUUCUUCAUAUAGUUAAUUAAUCAUGAUGUACUCAGAAUGACAAUCUGUCCAGUUUCCACUAUUUCCAAAUUUUCUCAAGUAUUCCCAUCCAUCAAAAUAGGUUUAUAAUCUUAAAACACC